GUCCUGUGUGCUACACUGCGGCAGCGGCUGACUGUGCGGGAUAACGGCGAGGAGGGGGUCGCUCCGGAACGGUUCGUGCCUUGUUGACCCGUGGUGCCGGCGGGACGCUUUGACGAUUGGAUGUCACCCACAACGCAGCUUUCAAUGGUAUGACGCAUAGCGACGGACAAGAAGGGAGACAGCAGUGACGUCAUUGAGUGUGAGCGGAGUGACGUCACGGAGCGUCCUACAGGCCCAGCAGUCCUGAUCUUCUCAGCCGCAGUCAGCAGAGAUCAAGAUGAAUAAUCUCUCGUUCAGUGAGCUGUGCUGCCUCUUCUGCUGCCCUCCAUGUCCGGGGAAGAUUGCCUCCAAGCUUGCCUUUUUACCCCCUGAUCCAACGUACACCCUUAUAUGUGACGAGAGUGGGAGUCGCUGGACUCUUCAUCUAUCAGAACGAGCGGACUGGCAAUAUUCUGCAAGGGAGAAGGAUGCCAUAGAGUGCUUCAUGACUAGAACCAGCCGGGGGAACCGCAUUGCCUGCAUGUUUGUCCGUUGCUCGCCCAGCGCCAAGUACACCCUACUGUUUUCUCAUGGAAAUGCUGUGGAUCUUGGCCAGAUGAGCAGCUUUUACAUAGGACUGGGCUCUCGGAUCAAUUGUAACAUAUUUUCUUAUGAUUAUUCUGGGUAUGGGUCAAGCUCUGGGAAACCAACAGAGAAGAAUUUAUAUGCUGACAUUGAUGCUGCUUGGAUUGCUCUUAGAACGAGGUACGGCAUACGUCCUGAACAUGUCAUUAUCUAUGGCCAGAGUAUAGGAACUGUCCCAUCCGUGGAUCUUGCUGCUCGAUAUGAAAGUGCUGCUGUCAUUCUUCACUCUCCAUUGACCUCUGGGAUGAGGGUAGCCUUUCCAGAUACAAAGAAAACCUAUUGUUUCGAUGCAUUCCCUAAUAUUGACAAAAUUUCCAAAAUCACGUCCCCAGUACUGAUAAUCCAUGGCACAGAAGAUGAAGUCAUUGACUUUUCACAUGGCCUAGCCCUGUUUGAGCGUUGCCAAAGGCCGGUGGAACCACUAUGGGUGGAAGGAGCUGGACACAAUGAUGUGGAACUUUAUGGACAAUACCUUGAGCGGUUAAAACAGUUUGUCACGCAGGAGAUUGUAAAUUUGUAAACUACUACUUUGUAAGAGCAUUUUCUCCCUGCGGUAAUGGAAGGUUUGCAUAAAGUUUCAUGAAGAUGCUGUGCAACUCUCCCAGGCCACCAAAGGGUUUAACCGACCAUGUUUCUUUUUUUUUUUUUUUCUUUUGCUGGACUGUGAGCCAUAGAAUAUUUUUUUUGUUUUUUAACCUGAUGGUCUGUUUGCAAAUUAUAUUGGUUGCCUUAACAGAUGUACAGGUAAUGUGAUCAAGAGGGUGUCCCUUGGCAUUUUCUGCAAUGUUAUAACUCCCCCUGCUUCAGAUCAGGUGCUCCCAUUUCAUAGAAGCCUUUUCUUUACCCCUAUCCACAGGUUGGUGGUGGUUUUCUUACAGCAGUGGUCCCAUUGACCAUAGUGGAUACAAGAAUGGGCUAGUAGAA